UCUCCAAAAGCUCCAAUGGCACCUACACUUUCUGUUUCUCACUCUUCACUCCUUCCCAUCCACUCUCUCACUUCAUCCCCAGCUCUCUUCCGUUCAUCCAUCGCCUCCCUUUCGUCAUCCUCUCUAAUUCUUCCAUCAAACCCAGAAAUUCCCUUCUUGUCAUCAUGCCCUCCCAAGUUUCAUCACCUCUUACACUUCCCCAUAAAUCACCAUCACCACCACCACCACCAUCCCAUUUUGCUGUUCACUGCGUUAGACUCUCCCCCUGUUGACACCCAAACUUUUCUUGCCACCAUUACUGUUAUAGCUGCCAUUUCUCUUUCUCUCUUUUUGGGUCUCAAGGGGGAUCCAGUUCCUUGUGACAAGUGUGCUGGCAAUGGUGGUACAAAAUGUGUGUUCUGCAAUGAUGGUAAAAUGAAGAUGGAAACAGGAUUGGUUGAUUGCAGGGUUUGCAAGGGUGCAGGAUUAAUACUCUGCAAGAAAUGCAGUGGCUCUGGAUAUUCAAGAAGGCUAUGACAAGAUUCCCAGAUUUUUCCAAUGUUUGAUGAUGAUUUUGUGAGGCCAAUUCAACCAUGCUAUCUGAACAUCACAAAAACAAGAGUGUAAUUAAGUUGUGUCUCUGGCUCCCCAAGUUCACAUGAUAUUAAGAUGCAAUUGAAUUAAAAUGUUUUAUUUUCCUUACUAAUUUCCAAAAUAAUAAGGUAUUUCAUCA